AUGGAAAAUACUUUAAAAGCGAUCAGAUCACUUCUAUUAUACUCAAAUCAUAGACUUAUUGGAUAUAAUGCUGAAAAAGAUCUCCCAAAAUAUUCUCAAUCUCGCCCUUCCCGCGAAAACUCAGAUAUAUUUAUUAGAAAUGAUUCCGUAAUUGAAAUCCAAGAUAGUGCAACUGCUAGUUCAAAUGACAAUCAUAAUAACCUUUUAUGCUACGAAACCUUGAAUCCCAGUACAAAUAAUAACUCACUCCCAGGAACAAAAAGUCCUGCUCCAAUUUAAAAGGUUAAUUUUUUUAAAUUAAUUUUAAAAUAUUUAAAAUUAUAAAAAAAAUAAAUUGAGCGCAAUAUUAAUUUAUUUUUAUAAAGAAUUUAUUAAAAAAUUAAUUAAUUCAGUUUAAACUGUUUAAAUAGCAUUCUACUUACACUUUUUCCAUUCAUCUAGGUCAAAAUUAAUUUUAUAAAAAUUAUUAACAAAAAAUUUGUUCAAAUUUAAAAUACCCAUGUUUUGUUUCCAAUUUAAAUGGGGAGUCAGAAUUCAGUUCUCGCAAAAAAAAAUUCAGAAAUUCUUUAGAUUAGAUUAAAGUUAGAAUGAGCCUUCGGGGUUUGUUCCAGCCCCUCACCGACUUCAGGCUUCCCACCCUAAGCAUCGGGCUGCACCCACGCCCUUUCCUGUCGACGUCACCAAAAGCAUCUCUCGGAAGACACACCCAAGCACUUCCUUAGGCAAACUCCUAGCAGUCAGCAUUAUCUACCAAGAGAUGGGAGGUAGGAGAUGACUUGAAUCCUCCUUCUGGUCUUCAUUACCCUUCACAUCCAGGAGUGCGGAGUUGUAAUGUGGAUAAAAAAAACUUAUCAUGGUUUUCCGAUGAGGAUAAAAAACCUGCCCCGACACAAUUUCCAGACCCCGUCCCUCUUGAAUCCAAAAAACCCCGGAGGUAUUGAGAUGGGCAGAUCGGAUACCUCACCAUUUUAUUUGUGUGAAAUUCAUUAGAAGAUGACGAAAUAGAAAACUUAGAAGAAGUUAUAGAUCUUUACCUUUAUUUGCCUAUCAUUCUGAGUCUAAAAUUAAUAUUUCCAUUUAAAGCUUAUAACCUUCCAAUCAAACAGCAAAUAAAAAUGAAAUUCUAUAAAAUUCUAAAAGCUAAAUGCGAGUUAUGCCCACAAAGAUUCAAGUCUCAAAAAGGCUUAAAAAUCCACAUGAACAAAGUUCAUCCUGUCUCCCAAAGAUCAUAUUGCCAUAUCUGUGGGAAAUAUUUCUCAAAUGAUGGAUCUCUAACUGCUCAUAAAAGCCAAGUCCACUACAAAUCCACAAGGGUCAUUUGUGAAACCUGUGGUAAAGAAGUCUGCAAUAAAUACAGCUUGGCGCUUCACAAGCAGAAAAAGCAUCCUUUCCUAAGACCCCUGUAA